CAGGGCUUUCGAGGAAAUAGGCGUUCUUGGGGGUCGGCAGAGGGGAUGGCCGGAGGCCCCGCAGCGGCAGCCGGAGCGGCGGCAUCGGCGGCAGCUCCAACAGCGACCGCGGCGACCUCCGGUGGCAGUGUUCCCCCGCGGCGGCGGCGGGGGGGAUGGCCGGAGGCCCCGCGGUGGCGGCCGGAGCGGCGGCAUCGGCGGCAGCUCCAGCGGCGACGGAGCAGACCUCCGGUGGCAGUGUUCCUCCCGCGGCGGCGGCGGGGGGGGGGAUGGCCGGGGUUCCCCGCAGUGGCGGCAGGAGCGGUAGCAUCGGCGGAAACUCCGGCGGCGACGGAGCAGCGGCAGCGUGAGCAUAUGACGGAGCCGGAGAGCAUGGUGGAGAGCGGAGCAGCGCCCAGCGCGGUGUUGGCGGAACUUGCGCGGAUGGUGGGGGGGCCUUCGCGGGUGAGCACACCUGCGGCACCUGUUGCCACACCUGCCCCCGCGCACUCGGCGGCGAUGGCAUCGGACGGACUGUGGACGGAGAUGGUGCAUGAGGGCGGUACAGGCGGACGUCGUCGGCAGGGGCAGCGGGAGUUUGUAGCGACCCCCGCAGUGACGAGGUCGCAGGCGAAGCGAGAUGGGUCGGGGCCGGGGACAUUUGCUCUUCUAGCCACGGAGGACGAGAUCAAAGCCCGUGGGGUUGCGCAGCGUGAGGGUGUUAACUUCUGUGAGACUUUCUCCCCGUGUCCUUCCAUCACGAGCAUUCGAAUGCUAGACGCCAUUGCCUGUGUGUUAGAUUGGGACUUGUGCCAUAUCGAUGCCGAGCAAGCCUUUGUCCAAUCAGAACUGGAUGAGGUUGUGUUCAUUCGUCUUCCCCCUGGAUGCGGUGCGCUUUCCUGUAAGGUCGUACGGUUGAGACAGAGUCUUUACGGUCUAAAGCAGGCGUCCCGCACAUGGCAUUAUCACUUGAUGCGUGGCAUGAAGAGUCUUGGUUUCGAGGCUUUUGCCGCCGAUGCUUUCGUGGUGCGUCUGAUCGAGAGCGGUGUAGUCACCAUGGUGGUUGUGAUCCACGUAGACGACAUAUUCUCUGUCGGGCUCAAGAGCAGGUGCGAUCAGUUUGUUGUUGACCUCAACCGCGGAGAAGAUCGUUGCCAAGCUGUAGCGGAGAAGAUCGUUGCCAAGUUCGGUGUGACGACGGACAAAGAGACACCUAUGGUCGUUGGGUUGAAGCUUGAGCAGUACGACGCCGACGAGCCCGAUGUCGACGAGCCUUUCCGGUCGCUAGUGGGACACUUGAUGUGGCUGGCGAAUCAGACUCGCCCGAAUGUUCUCAACGCGGCGGCUUUGCAUGUGUUGAUGUAUGUUAGAUUCACGAGCAAGUACGGGAUUACUUUUCAAAGGGGCACGGUGGGAGGAGACCACAUGGAACUUUUUGCCAACAAGGCAACCGAACGGCGGUUUGUUUCUGGGGCACUAGUGAUGUUCGCUGGUGCGUAUGUGAUGUAUCUGUGUAGGACGCAGAAGUGCGUCACCCUGUCUUCGACGGAAGCGGAGUACGUGGCGAUGUCUGAUGGGAUGAAGGAGGCACAUCGACAUCCGCCACCAUUUCAUCCGUGA